AUGGCCACGGUCGACCAUACUGCCAAGCUUGCACACUUCCUUUCACAUUUGGCGUAUGAGGAUCUCCCGGACAGGGUUGUUGAGCAGGCAAAAUGCGGGAUUCUCAAUAGCCUGGGUUGCGGUUUGGGCUCCUCGAGAGCCUCAUCAACGCAGAAAGUCUUUCCCUUGAUUAAGCAGGCAGAUCAAGCCAGUCUGCUCGGCAGAGUCGAGCGGGCAAGCGUGGAAGAUGCUGCCUUGCUCAACGGUAUUGCUCUUACAGCAGCGGAUUAUGACGACACGCACCUUCGGACGGUGAUUCAUCCUUCUGGAACACCUCUUGCGGCGCUUUUCUCAUGGGCGGAGCACCAUCAUCUGUCAGGCAAAGAGUUCUUGCUUGCCUUUGUGUGUGGAGUUGAAGCGCAAUGCGCUGUAGGGAAUGCGGUAUCACCUGGGCAUUACCGGGAUGGAUGGCACAUCACCGGGACUACUGGCUCGUUUGGUGCAGCGGCAGUGGUGGCAAAGGGACUAAAGCUUGACCCACAAGAAUUCGCGGCGGCGCUGGGGCAUGCCUGCAGUAUGGCAGGAGGGAUCAGGGCGAUGUUUGGGACAGAUACGAAGACAUUGCACAUGGGGAGAGCUGCGCAAAAUGGGAUUCUUGCAGCGGAACUCGCAUCCCAUGGAUUUCAAAGCUGCAAAAGACCUAUUGAGGCAUGGGCAAAAUUGGUCUCAACGACUGUCAAUGAGCAGCUGAUAUCGACGCUCACCCAGGACGGGAAGUGGCAGAUCGUCGAGAACACGUUCAAGCCAUAUCCCUGCGGAAUUGUCAUUCACCCUCUCAUCGAUGGUUGCUUGGAGGCAUUUGCAGAUGACAAGACUAUUGCCGAGAAGUUGGACGCGGUUGAUGUGACUGUGAACCCCCAAUGCGUGCGACUUUGCUCGAUCAAGCAUCCCAAAUCCGGCCUGGAAACUAUAUUUUCGUUAUAUCACGGAUGUGCCGUUGCACUCGUCCACGGGCGUGCUGGACCCACGGAGUUCGCGGAUCAGGCUUGUGACGAUGUUUCGAUUGCGUCUGUGAGAGAUAAGAUCAAAGUGGCAACAGAUGCAGCAAUUCGUGACGAUGAAGCGUGCUUGGUGUUCAGGUAUCGCCCUGGUGAGCAUCAGGAGAAAAGGAUCCAUGUCAAGCAUGCUACGGGCUCCUUGGCGAAGCCCAUGACGAAGCAGAGUCUCGAGGAGAAGUUCUUGGACCAAGCAGUACCUAUUCUCGGAAAACAAACGGCUCAAAAGGCGAUUGAGGCCUGCUGGAGCCUUGAAAGUGUCGAGGACAUUGCCGGUUUUGCUCGCUUAUUUAGCCAGGUGCGUCAAAGCUAG